UGCUGGGAGGGAUUGGGGGGCUGGGCUCCCCAGAGGGGCCCCUGGCUUCCCCCUUCCUCUGGGCAGGAGGCAGAGAGUCGCAGGCCCUGGGAGCAAGGACUCACUUCCUCUUGUCCCGGAAUGAGCCUGCCCUUUGCAAGCAGGUUUGGGGCUCUCACGCAGAGGAAACCAAAAGUGGUGGGGGUUGGGGGGGGAGAGGCAGAGCGACCAAUCAAGGGCAGGGUGAGGCGCAAAACGAGCGGCUCCCAGGGGAGCCGGCCAGAGGCUGGGGGCCAUGGCCGAGCUGCAGCAGCUGCAGGAACUUGAGAUCCCCACGGGCCGGGAGGCCCUGCGGGGCAACCACAGCGCCCUGCUGCGCGUCGCCGACUACUGUGUGGACAACUACGUGCAGGCCACGGACAAGCGGAGGGCGCUGGAGGAGACCAUGGCCUUUACCACCCAGGCUCUGGCCAGCGUGGCCUACCAGGUAGGCAACCUGGCCGGACAUACUCUGCGGAUGCUGGACCUGCAGGCGGCCUCCCUGCGGCAAGUGGAAGCUCGUGUGAACACGCUGGGCCAGAUGGUGAAUAUGCAUAUGGAGAAGGUGGCCCGAAGGGAGAUUGGCACCUUAGCGACUGUCCAGAGGCUGCCCCCGGGCCAGAAAGUCAUCGCCCCCGACAGCCUCCCACCCCUCACGCCUUACUACCGGAGACCUCUCAACUUCGGCUGCCUGGAUGACAUUGGCCAUGGGAUCAAGGAUCUGAGCACGCAGCUGUCGCGGACCGGGACCCUCUCUCGGAAGAGCAUCAAGGCGCCUGCCACACCCGCCUCCGCCACCCUGGGGAGGCCACCGCGGAUCCCCGAGCCGGUGCAGCUCCCGGCGGUGCCCGACGGCAAGCUCUCUGCCGCCUCGUCUGCCUCUUCCCUGGCCUCUGCAGGCAGCGCCGAGGGUGUCGCUGGUGUCACCACGACCAAGCGGCAGGCAGCACCCCCACCCCCACCUCUCCCCGGCCCCUUGGCUCCACCGCCUCCACCCCCUCCACCGGCCACCGACGUCUUCCUGCCGCCCCCGCCGCUGGAGGGAGUGUCCCUGCCCCUGCUGGCACCAGAGCUGCCCCUGGACCUGCCCCCUCCCCCACCCCUGGAUGUAGAUGAGCCGGGGCCGCCCCAUCUGCCCCCACCAGACUUCGGGCCGGAAGAGCCCAGCUGGGUCCCUGCUGCAUAUCUGGAGAAAGUAGUGACCUUGUACCCGUACACCCGCCAGAAGGACAACGAACUCUCCUUCUCUAAGGGCACCGUCAUCUGCGUCACGCGCCGCUACUCCGAUGGCUGGUGUGAGGGCGUCAGCUCGGAGGGGACUGGAUUCUUCCCCGGGAACUACGUGGAGCCCAGCUGCUGACAGCCUGGGGCUUUCUGAGCUCCCGCCCCAGGCGCGCCUCCAGAGCUCCAGUACAAAGCCAGCUCCAGUGUCACGGCUGGACUGCGCCCGUCCCUUCCCCUCAUUUCGGUGGGAAGGGGUCCUGGGGAGCGAACGGAUGUAUCCGAAGGCCUGCCGCAGACAGGAAGGAGCCGGAAGCCAAGGAGUUUGGUGAUCUUGUCCACGGAAGACCCACCACUCCACGCAGUUUUGAAUAAAACUCUCACGACCCCCUGGUGACUGCCCUGCAGGGCUGGGGGGCCGGAGAGGAGGAGGUUAAAGACUCCUCCUAAUUAUUGAGCCCCCUCUGCUGCUGCUGCUGGCAGCAGUCUCUCCCCGUCUCUUCCAUCCUCAUGAAGUGGCCUCUACACUAGAUCCCUGAUGCCCCUCUGCAUCGACUGAA